ACCUCACCCACAUCUGCAGAGAAAAGGGCUGGCUCAGAAAGGGCAACAAUCAUGGAAGUGGGUACAUGAAGGACUUUUCAACAUAAUGGAGGGGGGGCAGCUUUCCCAGCCACAGCUCCCAGAGGGCCAGAGAGACGUCAAUGUCCAAAGGAGAGGCCAGUUUUCCAGGGGAACCCCCAGCAGAACCCCCUCUUAAGACAGCUGAGUCAGACAAGAACGAAGUUUUUCAAAAUUAUGUGCAAUACAGAAAAGAACCCCAGACACAACACACAGAUAAAAACAAGGGCAUCGCACGACGAGAGGCGGACAAGAUUCUUUACCUGCGAUGAACAAUAACCUCUCGGAGCUGCCUACGCCUGGGGGAACAGCGCCUGAUGGCCUGUGUCUUUGCGUGGCCCUGCACCCGACCUGGCUCCAGUCUGGUUUGUUUACUGCCGGGCACAGACAGGGCAACUUCAGGAAGACACUGUAAUGUAUUCGUUCUUCUGACAUUAGGCCAUUCGUGAUGGGUUAAGAGAGGAGGGCAGUGAGAUCCAGACCCUGGUACGGAAGCGAUGCGCAAAGCCUCAACCCUGCCCGGGCUAGGGGCCACGAACCGCCCCUCGGGGCUCGACCUUAAGGCCGGUAGCAAGUCCCAUUGGUCCGGCCGAAAGACGCUCCGGGACGUCCACAGGGUGUGGACCCGAACACAGCUCCGUCUGCCGGCCCGGCCCUCGCUGGGCUCGCACGGCGCCCAUCGCUCUAGGCCUUCGCCCGCGUGAUCCAGAGGCGGCUGCUGCGGGAGCCUCAGAUCCUCCCGGGCACAAGCAGGGGUGCGCGUCCUUGCAGCCCGGGCUCGGCCAAGGAUCCACCCCGGGAAAGCGCGCUGGCAUCCGCAGCAGCAGAGACUCUGCGAGCCUCCAGGACCGGAGCUUUCCGCCGGGCUGAGGUCCCCGCCGGCGAGGGCGGAAGUGGAAUCCCUCAGAACAGGUUCUGCGGAUUUAAGGAUGACAGUCCUAGGGUACCCUCGACGUUGGAGCUGCCAGUGGUUGCCAGUCCUGAUCCUGCUGCUGGAUACAGGCCACAGGCCAGGAGUGCACGGCGCGACUCACUACAAAGCCGGCGACCCUGUCAUUCUGUAUGUCAACAAAGUGGGACCCUACCACAACCCUCAGGAAACGUAUCACUACUAUCAGCUCCCCGUCUGCUGCCCUGAGAAGAUUCGUCACAAAAGCCUUAGCCUGGGUGAAGUGCUGGACGGGGACCGAAUGGCCGAGUCUUUGUAUGAGAUCCGCUUUCGGGAGAACGUGGAGAAGCGAGUUCUGUGUCACAUGCAGCUCAGCUCUGCACAGGUGGAGCAGCUGCGCCAGGCCAUUGAGGAACUGUACUACUUUGAGUUUGUGGUAGAUGACCUGCCAAUCCGUGGCUUUGUGGGCUACAUGGAGGAGAGUGGAUUCCUGCCACACAGCCACAAGAUAGGACUCUGGACUCAUUUGGACUUCCACUUAGAAUUCCAUGGGGAUCGAAUUAUAUUUGCCAACGUCUCAGUGCGGGAUGUGAAGCCCCACAGUUUGGAUGGGCUGCGAUCUGACGAGGUGCUAGGCCUCACCCACACUUACAGCGUACGCUGGUCUGAGACUGCAGUGGAGCAUCGGAGCGACAGGCGGCGUGGUGACGAUGGCGGCUUCUUUCCCCGAACGCUGGAAAUCCAUUGGUUGUCCAUCAUCAACUCCAUGGUGCUCGUGUUUUUGCUGGUGGGUUUCGUGGCUGUCAUUCUAAUGCGUGUGCUUCGGAAUGACCUGGCCCGAUACAACUUGGAUGAGGAGAGCACCUCGGGAGGCUCUGGUGACGAUUUUGACCAAAGUGACAAUGGCUGGAAAAUUAUCCAUACGGAUGUCUUCCGUUUCCCUCCGUACCGUGGUCUGCUCUGUGCUGUGCUUGGCGUGGGUGCCCAGUUCCUGGCUCUUGGCACUGGCAUCAUUGUCAUGGCGUUGCUGGGCAUGUUCAAUGUGCAUCGUCACGGGGCCAUUAACUCGGCAGCUAUCUUGUUGUAUGCCCUGACCUGCUGCAUCUCUGGCUACGUGUCCAGCCACUUCUACCGGCAGAUCGGAGGCGAGCGUUGGGUGUGGAACAUCAUUCUCACCACCAGUCUCUUCUCUGUGCCUUUCUUCCUGACAUGGAGUGUGGUGAACUCGGUGCAUUGGGCCAACGGCUCGACACAGGCUCUGCCGGCCACCACCAUCCUGCUGCUUCUCACGGUUUGGCUGCUGGUGGGCUUUCCCCUCACUGUCAUUGGAGGCAUCUUCGGGAAGAACAACGCUAGCUCCUUUGAUGCACCUUGUCGCACCAAGAACAUCGCCCGGGAGAUCCCGCCCCAGCCCUGGUACAAGUCUACUCUCAUCCACAUGACUGUUGGAGGCUUCCUGCCCUUCAGCGCCAUCUCCGUGGAGCUGUACUACAUCUUCGCCACAGUGUGGGGUCGGGAACAGUACACGCUGUACGGCAUCCUCUUCUUUGUCUUCGCCAUCCUGCUGAGCGUGGGGGCCUGCAUCUCCAUCGCGCUCACCUACUUCCAGCUGUCGGGCGAGGACUACCGCUGGUGGUGGCGCUCGGUGCUCAGCGUCGGCUCCACCGGCCUCUUCAUCUUCCUCUACUCGGUCUUCUACUACGCCCGCCGCUCCAACAUGUCGGGGGCGGUACAGACAGUGGAGUUCUUUGGCUACUCCUUGCUCACUGGCUACGUCUUCUUCCUCAUGCUGGGCACCAUCUCCUUCUUUUCCUCCCUGAAGUUCAUCCGUUACAUCUAUGUAAACCUCAAGAUGGACUGAGUGCGGCUCUUCGCUCCCUCUCUCCCUGCCCCCGCCUCCUCGCAGCUUCUCUCCCGAGCGAGAGACUGAACUGAAUAAUGGUAUUGUCGUCGCCUUCCCCCUUGUCUGUGGGCCUGCCUUUCCCAGAGCGGGCCCGGAAAUUCUAAAUCUCUGAUUACAUCAGGAGUAUAUAUUUGAACUUUCUCAGUUGCCUUUAGUUGCGGUCCUGAUUUUUCUUUUUACAAUUGUCAAAAUAAAAUUUAUUAAUAAAAAGGG